UUAUAUUCGAUAAGUUAAGCUUGACCAAGGGCGCCCUUAGGGAUUAGUCAUGUGCUAACACGACUGCUCGUUGCAGCACGCAUUGGAAAGUGAAAUGUUGCGUUUCACCCAAUCAACCGAUCGGUGGGGGUCGUAGGCUGCGGCGAAGAUGUAGAGAUCAUGCAGUUUGCGGAGUCCUGACCCACUAACAUUCUCCUCAGUUACUCGACGGUGGCCUCGAUAAUCCGCGUGUGCGCCGAGUUUUCUCUCGGAAGAAAAAAAAUCUACGAAGCCCCACACACACACACACACAUAUCGAAAAUACAUUCGGGCGACUUAAGAGAAUGCGUCGAAAUCGCGGUUUUCUGCUAUUGCUUUUGACGUGUCUGACAAUAGUCUUUAUCGUUCUGAACGCGAGAUCGUCCACGGAUUUCGUCGGGCCCGCGAUUACCGUCGAGAAACGUAGCGCAUCGAAGGAGCAGGAAGCGGCGCGUGCCGAUGAUCCAUGGAUCACCCGCAAUCAGACGCACCGGUACGUCACACCUUCCCUCGCCGAAUUGGAUGACUUGCCAUACAAGCAGAAGCACGUCCUCAUGCUGACACGCAUACCUGGUGCGGGCGCCGAGUUGAUGGUGCUGAUCCUGCAGCGGUUGCAGGGAUACAAUGCUUUCAAGCACAUACGCCUGCCGUCGAGUGACCACGGACUCUUGUCGAAUUCGCAGCAGGAGUUGUUGGUAGAAGAAAUUACGAGUAUCAUCAGACAAGAAGCUAUUCCCUUAACUUUUGAUGGAGACGUAAGGUUCAUAAAUUUCUCGGAAUUUGGACGGCAAGGACCCACUUUUAUAUCUUUAGUGAGAAAUCCAUUGGAUCCACAAGUUUGGCAGAGGUACAAAAAAGAAAAACUGUUUUACCAUGGAGUUAUAUCUUAUUUUUGCGGACAGGAUCCGCGUUGUAUAGAACAAAAUAACACGUGGGCAAUGGAGCGAGCUAAAGCAAAUGUUAUUCGAUGGUAUCCUGUUGUUGGCAUAUUAGAUUACAUGGAGGAGUCGUUAAACGCGCUCACAGUCGAAUUUCCUUAUUUUUUUAAGGGUGCUACACGUAUCUAUGAUCAUUUUCGACCAAAAGAGAGGCAUUGGCCCAUUUCCUCAACAAAGGAUGCAGUCCUUUCCCGAUUCAAGGACGCAGUCUUAAACAAAGUGCUUGCGCAAGAGAUAGAAUUUUAUCAGUGGCUAAAAUCUCGACUUUUUGAUCAAGUUUUUAACAACAGCUGGAAACGUGAUCCAAUAAAAGGAGAUAAAGUGAUCAAAAAGUAAAUUCUCAUUAACACCAAUCAUGAUGCAAAUAAUCAAAAGAAUAUUUUUUUCUCUUACGACAUUUAUAUUGCCUUAAAAGGACGAUGGAGAGAAAAUUAGGAAUCAUUUUUUCUAUAACUUUGUAUAAUUGUUAUACCAAAGAAGCAAAAUGUGAAUUUCUCGUGCCAUCUAGAGGUUGACUGUGUAAUCACAUACAUUAUUCUACGUAGAGGAUAAAUUAUCGCGAUUAUGUUACGCAAAUAUAUAUUUAAUGUAUUUAUCGAUAGUAGUUCAUUAGAAUAACUGUCGUAACUUGAUACACAUACAGCAUAUUUACAAAUUACGAGAACGCUGCAAUCCUUUUACGUCAAUGUAGUUUAAUAUUUGUAGAAUAAAUACAGAAGAGUAC